AUGUUCGCAAUAUUACAUGCGCUUACAGCAUCUGUUGAUUACACUGAUAUCUUCUAUCAGCAGUACGACGAAAUUGUUUCGAGCAAACCUAUCAACUUACCAUACUAUGAUGACAACGGUAAAACAGAAAUCACGAUAACACCUUCACAAGAUGUACGCUAUUAUAACGUCACAUGCCGAGAGAGGAAUAUCAAAAUCACAUCUCAAUACAUGAGUAUUGUCAAAGUUACAGGAAACUAUAACAAGAUAAUAAUCUCAGGACCUGCAAUCGUCCAGAUCGAGGGAGAUUACAACACAGUCAAAAAUACUGUUCAAAUAGGCUAUUCCCUUUCUCAUCCCCUCAUCAUGAUAAACGGAACCGAUAACGAAGUUGAAGCUUCCUGGGAAGGAAGUGCUUUAAUUGACUACAAAUUCUUGUUCAUCAUCUUCAUCGGUGGAUGGAAUAACAAGUUACCAAGCACAGGAAACAGUGACUUGUACUUAGAUCCUGUCAGAAUAAAUUCUACUAAAACUACGAUAGCAGACAUCGCAAAUAUCGGAAGCGUAAACUUCACGAAACUCAUCGAAAACAAUAGCAUCGCUUACAAGAUGGAACUCAGAGCAGGAGAUUCGUACAAACACGCCGAUUCUGUAAAGAAAUUCUAUCUGUGUGUUGUCUUGCCAGCAUCAAUUGGUGUCAUUGUCUUCAUCGCUCUCAUAAUCUCAUUCGUAGUCUAUUGCAUCCACACGAAGAGGAAAGAAAACCAGGACUCAGGAGUUGAAUAUAACAAAGUCUGA